AUGUUAAGGGUAUCAUUGGUGGUCUGUGUGGUGCCAGCAGUGUUCGGUAUAAUCGUAAGGGAUCCUCCUCCUUCACCGAAUGAUUACAAGUACUCGUAUAAUAUUGAGGACCCAACGACUGGUGACAGUAAGAGUCAGCACGAGGUGAGGCAAGGCGAUGUCGUCACGGGAGCCUACACAGUCUUGGGUCCUGACGGAACGAAGCGCACGGUCGAGUACACUGCUGAUGCGAAGCAUGGUUUCAAAGCGGUUCUGAGAGAGGAUCCUCUGGUAGUCCUGGUUUGCGCUUUCGCCGCCGCCAAUGCGGGUUACGUUGCCCAGCCCGCUCAGGUCGCUUACGCUGCCGCUCCAGCAGCGCACGUAGUGCACGCCGCCCCAGUGGCGUACGCUGCCGCACCUGUCGCUAAAGUGGUUGAGGACUACAACGCUCACCCCCAAUACAGCUUCGCGUACGACGUGCAGGACGGUCUCACCGGUGACUCUAAGAGCCAGCACGAGAGCCGUGACGGAGAUGUCGUACAGGGCUCCUACUCCGUGGUAGACCCUGACGGUACCAAGCGUACCGUGGACUACACUGCUGACCCCCACAAUGGAUUCAAUGCUGUCGUGCGCAAGGAAGCUCUCGGACACGUCGCUAAAGUGGUCGCCCCCGUUGUCGCCAAGGUAGCUGCCCCAGUCGCCUACCACGCCGCCCCCGUGGUCGCUAAAGUCGCCGCCCCUGUGGCCUACCACGCUGCUCCCGUGGCCUACCACGCCGCCCCUGUCGCGUACUCCGCCCCUGUCUACCACCACUGA